AUGACUAGUAAACCAUAUUCUAGAUCAAAUAAUGGUGUAAGACUUCCACUUGCUUAUUUAUAUCUCCAAAACGAUGUUUAUUAUUUUUAUCUUGAGGGCCAUCCAAAUCAUGUUACUUUCAUUAUCCCGACGAAAUUUCAAGUCCUAGAGUCAUGUAAACCAACUUCAAAAAAACCUCCGACUAUUUAUAUCAUUUUUCGUAAUCCUGUUCAAAAAUGUUUGAGGCAAUUAAGCCUCAAAUUUGAACGAAAAGACGUAUCUAAAAUUUCAUCAGAUCUCUGGCGAAGAAUUGAUUCCAAUUUAAGAACAAGAUUUGAAAACCUUUAUCAUCAAACUAUCGAAGAAUGGCGUAAAGGAAGACUCAUAUUUGAGUUUUUCAAUCCUUUGAUUGCUGAAGCUGAAUCAUCCGCAGAACACGAACAAAACAAUUCUGAUUCCCCAGACCCCAAUUCCCCGGAUUCAGUUUCAAGCUCUGUCGAAUUUGAAAACAAAUUAUCAUAUCGUGAGAAUCAAGUCGUUAUCGGUGAAUUGUUUGGAUGGGGUUACGUCCCUCUUAUCUCGGGUUAUAAUAAAUAUUUGGAAAGUCCUUAA